CCAAGAGAAGGUUAGCAUCUCCCUCGACAAGGACGAGAAAAACCUUCGGGUUUUACACAUGAGAUAUAGGCCUCCCAUGCCCGGCUCGCCGGCGUGGGUCUCAAUUCAAUUUUUCCAUCACUCAAAGCAUCAGAUAGAAAAGCAUCAGAUAGAAUAUGAGAAUGGUGAAAGUUGGUCUCAAAAUGAAGAAGGUUAAUUAUACUGUUGAACAGUGGGCGUCGGAAGACGGGUACUGGCUCGUUCUCAGGAAGAACAGAACGAGCCUUGGAAAGACCAGCAGCUAGACCAGAAAUGUGUUCUGUCAAAUGCUACAACAUAUGAGUAACAUGUGAGUUUAGUUUGUCACCAUGCUUCAUGUUUCCGUCGUUUUCUGUUGGUUCUGCUGGGAGUUGCUCUUGGUGUGGCGUUUUUCGCCGGACUGCUGUGGUACAGGAUUGGUCAUGUUGACAGAGAAGCUCUCGAGAAUUUUGAGCUGGCAUGGAAGAUUGCUGAACAUAACUCGUUUAAGGGUACCAAUCACGGACAUAUAUUUGUCCAAGGAAAAGAUUUGGUCAAAAUAUCGUACACUAGCACUCGUCAUUAAGAAUUAUUUAGGUCACUGCUCGGACCAUGUUCUGGACCCUACGAAGCAACUUCGGUCUCGUGUGGAGAGCCAAAGAAAAUUUCCAGUAAUCUAACUCAAUCUUCCUUGUUUAACUAAUCCGAAUUUGGGUUUUCGCUACACAUCAGAAGUGCGUGUUCCAGAAACUGGGGAUCAACACCAGAAACUUGUAAGCUGGGUCAGUAGGAGCUGUGUGCUUUGCCAUAGCUCGUGACAUUAUCACAACGCUUUGGAUGUAGGAGCGAUCACUUCUUCCAGAGGUGAAAAAAUGGAAAUUUAUUUCUUUCUUUCUAUCGUGAGGGGCUUUCGGAUCAUUGAUAUGAGAUAUUGCCGCAGACUCAUUGGCUUAACCUAUCGUAACACCUCUGUCGAUCUGCACUAUAUCAAAUAUGAUUGGCCAUCUUAGAACUUCUAUUUUAAGAGGUACUUUCGAAAUUUCAGAACAUGCUCAAGUGUAAGUGUCUUCAAUCACUUUCUUAGUGACAUGGAGACGGAAUUCUAUCUGAGGAUGAAAAGUUCACUUAGCUCGGACGCUUCACGAUGGGUUAGACCCAACGAGAGGGGUCGUUGCUAUGCAAAUGAAGUCGUCCAUGGAUUCAAUCUAGGUCCAUGCAGGAAAUUUAGAGUAAUGAAGUUUCCGUGCCAAGCAUGGCGUAGCGUAGAUCUGUGAGUUUUAUUCUAUUCUAUGUUUGGAAGCAAUUACUGUGACGCCAGGUGCCUUACCCAGCUCGCAGAAAUUUUGUGAAGAGGAUUUUCAGGGCAGAACAAAGCGUGCAUGCUGAGCUUCCGGCGAGGAUUUAGCUGAGUAAUUCGUACCACCAUCUCUGUGCAACGUCUGAAGUGCUGAGCAAGCGGCAGAUUUGUGGUGGGGAAUGUCUUUAAGAGUACCCUGUCGUCCAUUCGAAGGUCUUGGUACAGCUGGUUCGGUGCAAACCUACUAAUAAUUUUGUAGCAAAUUAGCUGUAGUUCACAUGAAGAACAAGCCUUGAGGCUGUCUGCAACUAAUCGUUAGUGAUGGCAGCGACUGCGGGAGCUGGCAGCUGUUCCGAUGGCCGCUUCUCUCAAACCCUGCUGCAAGUAUUCCGAGGUAGAUGGUUUGUGAUCGCAGUAGGAAUCCUGGUAAUGAUCACAAGCGCAGGAGCAUACAGCUUCGGUCUCUACUCUCAGAAGCUGAAGUCGGUUCUAAACAUCAAUCAAGAGCAGAUGAACCUAGUUGCUAACUUCAAGGAUUUGGGAGUGAACCUAGGAAUCCCUGCAGGACUGCUGUAUGAUUUCUGGUCGCCAGGGGGAGUGCUGCUCGUGGGGUCGGUGCAGGGAACCUUAGGGUACACUUUAUCAUGGCUUGCGCUGACGAAGAGAAUCUCUCCUUCCUUAUGGCAAAUGUGUCUGUUUCUCUUCAUCGGCGCGAAUUCUCAGCCCAUGUUCAACACCGCUGUCUUAGUACAGGCCGUGAAGAUGUUCCCUUCGAGCAGAGGCAUCAUCAUCAGCUUGAUGAAGGGGUACAUUGGCAUCAGCGGCGCCAUCCUCAUUCAAGUCUUUGUUGCCAUCGAGGGCUCCAAGAACCCUGAAGCUUUCUUGUUGCUCUUAGUUUGGCUUCCUUCUACUGUAGCUCUUGUGUCCAUUUUCUUCAUUCGGUCGAAUGUCAAACCGUUUCAAGGUCUUCCUGAUAGCAAGUACUUCUAUGCAUACUUAGCUCUUGGUUUUGCUCUCGCCUUCUAUCUAAUGGGCGUGAAUGUUGCCAGCAACUUGACUAAAAUGAGUAAGAAUGCCGAACGGUUGGUCGGAGCUGGGAUGUUGGUCCUCCUUGUCAUUCCGUUGCUUAUCAUAACCUACAGCUCUGAAAUUCAUGGCAAGCAAAGUCUGAAUGCUGUAGAAGGACAGGAUGACGUAGAAGCCGCUGACAAUGAACAGAAGAAGGUGGUUUCCGAGCCAUUGUCGACUGUUGGUGAUGUCAUGCUUCAGGAAUCUAAUGGAUUGCAAUCUCGACAAGAAUUACACACUGGAAAUCAGAUUGUUGACGAGGGUAAACUAGCUGCUGAUCUAUACGCAAGUGGUGCGGGCAAGGAGCUCGAAGACAAUUCCUCGUUGGGAGCAGAUACAGAUAGGGAACAAAUUCACACCAAGAAAGCAUGGCCGAAGAGAGGAGAGGACCACACCAUCCGGGAAGCGCUCACGAGCUUGGAUUUCUGGAUCCUCUUUGUCGCGACCAUUUUCGGUGUGGGCUCGGGGCUAACAGCAACCGACAACAUGGGCCAACUUGGAUUGUCUCUUGGCUACCCUCCCACGAAUGUAAAAACAUUUGUGUCGCUCUUGAGCAUUUGGAACUCAAUUGGCCGCUGGGUGGGGGGAUUUCUUUCCGACUAUCUUCUGUUCCGGUAUGGCUUCCCCCGGACUCAGUUUUACACAAUUGCUCUACUCAUGAUGGCGGUUGCCUACGUGCUUCUCGCCGUCAAUGUCCCUGCGUGUCUUUACUACGGCUCCAUCCUGCUAGGGAUGUCCUUCGGCACGCUGUUUCCCGUCUACACGACCAUUGUUGCAGAGGAAUUUGGAUUGAAGCGCUUCGCAACGCUCUACAACUGUCUCAAUAUCUCCAGCUCUGUUGGGAACUACAUCCUGUCUGGCCCUGUGGCGGGCAAGUUCUACGACGCGGAGGCAAGGAAGCAAGCAGAUAGGUUGAACUUGGGCGGGAAUUCCGUGCUGAUUUGCGAUGGCUCCGUGUGCUUUCGUCGCACGUGUUUUACUUUGAUGGGGGUGAGCAUUGGAGCCGCGACUUUAGCCGGAUUGCUUUGGUAUCGAACCAAACAUUUUUACACUGAAAUGCACAAGGAUUUCCAGAAAUCAAAGAGCUGUGAACUGGCGCAGAGAGCAAAUCAUGAGGAUUCAUGGGUCGGAAGUUCCGAGAAAAGAAACUAGAAUAUACCAAAUUGUAAAUAACGUAUUGAAAUGGAAGUUGUAAGCCACGGGGCUAAUUUUCAACUUUGAAACCUCACAGUACAACCCAUGACGUGCACAACUUUCAGGCAUAUUAAUGAAUGAAAGUCGACCAGUAUACUAAA